AUGUAUGGGUUCCGCAACCGAGUAUUCUCUAAACAUGCUACCCUUGCUGAAAGGCUUAACAAUCCACCUACUGAAAUCCCUGCUCAUAUUUGGAGGGAUAUGGUUAGCAAGUGGAGUGACCCAAACUGGAAGAGCACCAGUGAUAAGAACAAGACCAAUCGUGAGAAGUUUGAGCUCACUACUACUGGUGGAUCUGUUCCCAUGGCAAAGUUUAGGCGUGAUAAGAAGACGGGGAGAGAGCCCGAUCUAAUAGAGACAUUUAAGAAGUUUCAUGUGAAGAAGGGCAAUGGUGAAUUCACCACCCCAAAAGCUCAGACCAUACAUGCUAAAUUGAAGAAUAAGGAAGCUGAGAAGUUGAGCCAAGGGGAAGAGGUGAACCAGUUUGCCAUUUAUGGUGAGAUUGUAGGAAAUCAGCCUAGGAAACAUGUGCUGGGAAUGGGUGCAGGGGUAAGUGGUGUGGAUGUGUUUGCCCUACCUCCGGUCAGGGCUACAACAAAAGAUUGUAGAGGACACAUUGAAGAGGCUUGGACUUACUUUGCCAGAGUCCUCAAGUGCUGGAGACAAGUGAGUGAUGAAGAUGAGGCUGGAAACAAUGAAUUGAAUGAUGAAGAUGAGGAUGGUACUGAUGAUGAGACAAGCUCCCCCUGA